AUGAACUCUGAGAAACUUCUUAGCGCUGAGGAGCCCAGGGACGAGGAGCUGAGGAUUGUGUCUGGGCGGCUCCUCUGCCUGCUCCAGGGGGCGGCUGCUACUGCCCUGGGUCACCCCGGCCCAUACACCAGCCUGAGCCUCAAAAGUGUCCGGUGGAAAAGUGGCAGCACCAGAGACAAGCUGGGCGCGUCCUCUCCCAGGCAGAAACCACCCAUGAGUGAGGCCCGUAGGACCCUGGGAUUAGAGCUGCCGUGGCAGGAACCCUCCUCUCUCAGGGCCUCCGCCUGCACUGGCCAGCCGGGCCUCUGGCUGCUCAGCUCCUGGACCUUCCACGAGCCCUGCGGGCUCUUGAGUGGGCUGGGGUGGGGGGCAGGAGCAGCUCUCCUCUCAGGGUCCCUUGCUCUGCCCCCUCCCCUUUCCUCCCUUCUCGCCCUGCCCCACAGAGAGCAAGCCCCUGUGGCUGCCCAGGGGCCCUGUCCAAGGUACCCGCCGACGGCCGGGAGCAAGAGGGAGGCCGGAGGCUGGCGAGACUGGCGCUGUCGGCAGGGAGAGAUCCGCUUCGUGGGCGCGGGAAAGAGCCACGCCAAGUUCCUGAGGGUGCCCAGCGCCCUGCCCCCCGGCGUCCUCUUCGAGUUCAUGGUCAGCGAGUGGCACCUGCCCACCCCCAACCUGGUGGUCUCCCUGGUGGGCGAGGAGCGCAGCUUCCCCAUGAAGCCUUGGCUGCGCGACGUCCUGCGGAAGGGGCUGGUGAAGGCCAUGCAGAGCACAGGGGCCUGGAUAUUCACCAGUGCCCUGCGGGUGGGGCUGGCCAGGCACGUGGGGCAGGCCGUCCAGGACCACUCCCUGGCCAGCACGUCGAGCAGAGCGAGGGUGGUCACCAUCGGGAUCGUGUCCCUGCCCCGGGUCCUGCACGCAGAGCUUCUGGACAGCUCUCAGGAGGAGAACCCCAUCCUCUACAAGGCGGACGACGGCGGCCAGGACAGUCUCUACUCCCUGGACAGCAACCACUCCCACCUCAUCCUGGUGGACCCCAGGCUGGACAGAGCCCCCCCUGCGGCCGGCACCCCCGGCCUUAGGGACCCCACCAUCAGCUUCAGGCUCGUGCUGGAAAAGUACAUCUCUGAGCAGCGGACGGGUUACGGAGGCAAAGGCAGCAUCGAGAUCCCCGUACUUUGCUUACUGGUCAAUGGGGGCCCAUGCACCCUUGAGCGAAUUUCCCAGGCGGUGGAGAACUCGGCCCCCUGGCUGAUCCUGGCGGGCUCCGGCGGCGUGGCCGACGUCAUGGCGGCCCUGGUGAGCCGACCCCAGCUCAUCGUGCCCCCAGUCAUGGAGAAGCAGCUCAGGGAGAAGUUCCCCGCCGAGAGCUUCUCCCGGGAGGACGUGCUGCACUGGACCGAGCUGCUCCAGGCCAUCGCCGCCCAGCAGCACCUGCUCACUGUCCACGACUUUGAGCGAGAUGGCUCCGAGGAGCUGGACACGGUCAUCCUGAAGGCGCUGGUUAAAGCCUGUAAGAGCCACAGUCAGGAGGCCCAGGAAUACCUGGACGAGCUCAAGCUGGCCGUGGCCUGGAACCGCAUCGACAUCGCCAAGAGCGAAAUAUUCAGCGGGGAUGUGGAGUGGAAGUCCGGGGACCUGGAGGAGGUGAUGAUGGACGCCCUGGUGAACGACAAGCCGGAGUUUGUGCGGCUCUUCGUGGACAAUGGCGCCAGCGUGCCUGACUUUCUGACCUAUGGGCGGCUGCAGGAGCUGUACCGGGCCGUGCCCCAGAAGAGCCUGCUCUGCCACCUGCUCCUCAGGAAGCACGAGGAGGGCAGACUGACACUGGCGGGACUGGGGAGCGGGCCGCCGGGGAGUCCCCCCUCCUUCUCCCUGCAUGACGUGGCCCGGGUGCUCAAGGACUUCCUCCACGAUGCCUGCCGGGGCUUCUACCAGGACGGCGGGACGGUGGGCCGGAGGAAGUCCGACAAAGUGGCCGCCAAGCGCCUGGCGGGGCCAAAGUGGGCCCUGGACCUGAGCCAGAGGAGCUCAGCCCCCUGGAGGGACCUGUUCUUGUGGGCAGUGCUCCAGAAUCGGCACGAGAUGGCCAACUACUUCUGGGCCAUGGGGCAGGAGGGCGUGGCUGCUGCCCUGGCCGCUUGCAAGAUCCUCAAAGAAAUGUCCCGCCUGGAGACGGAGGCCGAGGCCGCGCGCAGCCUGAGGGAAGCCAACUACGAGCAGCUGGCGCUGGGUGAGGCCCCAGUUCUGGGGGGGGGGAAUGAAAGGGGAGGGAGAGGGGGAGGGCCCCCGUGGGCAAGCGAGGAGCCUGAGACCCCUGUGGGGAAGCUGCGGGAAGGAGAGGAGCAAUUUGAACUCAGAUCCUGGGGAGCCAAGCUGCCCGUUCCUGCUGGGGGAGGGGUGUCCGUGGGACGUCCUGUAAAGGCCAUGCGCUCAAAUCCUCCGCCGCCGCUAGGCGGCCGGGGAGGGGGCCAGGCACAGGCCCCGAGCCCCGCCCCCUCCCCCCCAGAGCUCUUCAGCGAGUGCUACAACAACAGCGAGGACCGAGCCUUCGCCCUCCUGGUGAGGAGGAACCGGGACUGGAGCAGGACCACGUGCCUACACCUGGCGGCCGAGGCCGACACCAAGGCCUUCUUUGCGCACGACGGCGUCCAGGCCUUUUUGACCAAGAUCUGGUGGGGAGACAUGGCCACGGGCACCCCGAUCCUGCGGCUGCUCUGCGCCUUCUGCUGCCCCAUCCUCAUCUACACCAACCUCAUCACUUUCAGUGAGGAGCCCCCUCUGGAGAGUGGGCUGGAGCCCUUCAGAGAGCUUGACAGCCUGGACAUGGAGAGGACGCUGCUUUUCCCCUCCCCCAGCAUCAGGAGGGCCGAGGCGGCCGAGGGCCGGAGGGCCGUGUCCAGCCGCUUCCUGCUGUCCCGGUGGAAGAAGUUCUGGGGGGCGCCGGUGACCGUGUUUCUGGGGAACAUGAUCAUGUACUUCGCCUUCCUCUUCCUCUUCGCCUAUGUGCUCCUGGUGGAUUUCCGGCCCCCCCCGGAUGGCCCCACAGGGCCCGAGCUCGCCCUCUACUUCUGGGUGUUCACGCUGGUGCUGGAGGAAGUUCGACAGGGGUUCUUCACUGACGAGGACACCAACCUCCUGAAGAAGUUCAAGGUGUAUGUGGAGGACAACUGGAACAAGUGCGACAUGGUGGCCAUCUUCCUGUUCACCGUGGGCGUCAGCUGCAGGACGCUGAGCUCCGCCUUCGAGGCCGGCCGGACCGUGCUGGCCAUGGACUUCAUGGUCUUCACCCUGAGACUCAUCCACAUCUUUGCCAUUCACAAGCAGCUGGGGCCCAAGAUCAUCGUGGUGGAGAGGAUGAUGAAGGACGUCUUCUUCUUUCUCUUUUUCCUGACCGUGUGGCUCAUUGCCUAUGGGGUCACCACGCAAGCUCUGCUGCACCCCAGGGACAGCCGCGUGGAGUGGAUCUUCCGGAGGGUCCUCUACAGGCCCUACCUGCAAAUCUUCGGGCAGAUCCCCCUGGACGAAAUUGAUGGGGCUCGGGUGAACUGCUCCGCUCACCCCCUUCUGCUGGAGAACUCGCCCUCGUGCCCCAACCUCUACGCCAACUGGCUGGUCAUCCUGCUUCUGGUCACCUUCCUGCUGGUCACCAACGUGCUCCUCAUGAACCUGCUGAUAGCCAUGUUCAGCUACACCUUCCAGGUGGUCCAGGGCAACGCGGACAUCUUCUGGAAGUCCCAGCGUUACAACCUGAUCGUGGAGUACCACGAGCGCCCGGCCCUGGCCCCCCCUUUCAUCCUGCUCAGCCAUCUCAGCCUUGUCCUCAAAAAGGCCUUUAAGCAGGAGGAGCACAAGAGGGAGCACCUGGAGAGAGACUUGCCUGAUAACCUGGACCAGAAAAUCGUUACCUGGGAAACCGUUCAGAAGGAAAACUUUUUGGCCAAUCUGGAGAAAAGGAGGAAAGAAAGUACCAUGGAGACCCUAAAAAAGACGUCCCACAGAGUGGAUUUCAUCAGCCAACACGUGGCAGGCCUGAGAGAGCAAGAAAAGCGCAUUCGAGCCCUCGAGUCACAAGUCAAUUACUGUACAGUCAUCCUGUCCACCAUGGCGGACACACUGACCCGGGCCAGCCUCGCAGGGCACCAGCCGCCUCCCAAACACCCAAGUAAUGGCGGCAAAGGAGGAGGGGGCCAAAUCCCUCUCCAGGAGGAGGCCCCCAGCCCGUGA